AUGCUUGUACCAAGGGAAUUCCUCCAGGAUCCGCUAAACCUCGAAUUGCUCUUGACCGAGGAGGAGAGAGCCGUUCGGGAUACUGCCCACGAGUAUUGUCAGGAGAACCUUCUUCCUCGUGUACUUGAGGGAUGGAGGACAGAGACGUUCAACCAUGACAUCUUGCCCGAGAUGGGCAAGCUUGGUCUCCUGGGACCGACAAUUGAGGGCUACGGAUGCGCUGGCGUCAGCUCGGUCGCAUAUGGCCUCGUGGCGAAGGAGCUGGAGCGAGUUGACUCAGGGUACCGGUCAACGGCUUCUGUGCAGUCGUCCCUCGUGAUGCACCCCAUCUACGAGUUCGGCACCGAAGCCCAGAAGGAGAAGUACUUGCCCCGUCUCGCGAAGGGAGAGUUGGUUGGAGCCUUUGGUCUGACCGAGCCCAACCACGGGUCAGAUCCGGGAAGCAUGGAGACCACCGCAGAGGAAGUUGACGGCGGCUUCAUCCUCAACGGCAGCAAGACUUGGAUCUCGAACGCCCCCGUAGCGGACGUCUUCAUCAUCUGGGCGAACUGCAAGUGGGAUAACAAGAUUCGCGGCUUCAUCGUCGACAAGGGUCUGAAGGGGCUGUCUGCGCCGCCAAUCAAGAACAAGAUCGCGCUGCGUGCGUCUUUGACAGGGUCCAUCUUCAUGGACUCGGUGCGCGUCGGGCAAGACGCACUUCUCCCCAAGACUAAGGGCCUCGGCUCGCCUUUCUCGUGUCUAAACUCUGCACGGUACGGCAUUUCCUGGGGCGUCAUGGGCGCCCUCGAGGAUUGCCUUAUCCGCGCUCGCGAGUAUGCUCUCGAGCGCACUCAGUUCAAGCGUCCGCUCGCAUCCUUCCAGCUCGUUCAGAAGAAGCUCGCGGACGCGCACACCGAGAUCGCUCUUGGGCAACUGGCUAGUUUGCAGGUCGGUCGGCUGAAGGAUGCGGGUCAGGCUGCCCCGGAGAUGAUCAGCAUGGUCAAGCGCAAUAACUGCGGCAAGGCGCUGGCGCACUCGCGCAUCUUGCUCGAUAUACUUGGAGGGAAUGGGUGCACGGACGAGUACCACAUCGGCCGUCACGUCAACAACUUGCAGGUCGCGAACACCUACGAGGGAACCUAUGAUAUCCAUACUCUCAUUCUCGGGAAGGCCAUCACUGGCAUCCAAGCGUUCGCUUAG